CACUACAUAACAAACACUUCUGGCAGCACGCUGCUUGGGUAGAAGCGUCACAAUACUCAAUCCAUCGUCGCGUGUGAGCUGAGCUCGGCACUAAGACUCUAUCUCCUUAGUUUUGUCUAAACAGUAGCUGUUCGGGCUUUAAGGACUUCAACCGCGGCCCAAGAGCCGCCCAAGUGGUUCGGGUUUCGAGCUUGGGUGGCCAAGAUGUCGGCCUGUGACUGCACAUGUCACGAUGGUGGCACCCGAGCCCCCAAGAGGGGCCACCUCGCGCGCGCUGUGGAGCAAAGAGAGGCUGCGCGACGGAUUGCGGAGGCAGCCAAGUCGGAGAUCAACAGGUACUUCAAUGACCAAAAGGUCUAUGAUACAGUAGCAGCUAAUGCCGUUAAGGAUGACUUCAAGCGGAAAGGCCGCGAGUUCAAGGAGCGUGCAUCGGAGGCUCAGAUGCUGGAGAGCUUGUACCAGAGUGAACGUCAAAAGACGCUGAAUGCGAUCCGCGCCGAGGAGGAGGAGCGCAUCGCGGUCGCCAUGGCCCGGAAGCAGCAGGAAAAGGACCGUUCAGAGCGCGAGGUGCAGCGGCUACGCGAGCAGAGCGACGAGCUGCGCAGCCUUGCGGAAAAGAUCCGUGUCGCGCGCGUGAACAAGGAGCGCUCGGACCAGCUGGUUGAGAAGAAGAUAAUCGGCGAGCAGCAGCAGGAGUACGACCGCGCCUUCAACCAGUUCGUGGCGGGUGCGGCAGCAGAGGCGGAGGCGCAGGAGCAGGAGAACCAGGCUAAGCGGCGCGAAGCCAACGUGCGCGCGCGCAUGGUGCUGGAGGAGCAGAUGCAGGAGAAGGCGGAGGCGGCCCGCCUGGCGGAGCUGGAGGCGGUGCGCGAGCGCGCCAUGAUUGACGAGGUGGUGCGGCGGAUCAUGGAGGAGGACGCGGCGGAGAUGGCCACCAAACGGCAGCGGCAGGAGGAGACGAAGGACUUCAUCAGCCACUUCCUGGAGCAGCAGGAUGAGCUGCGGCGGAAGGAGCGCGAGGCGGCGGCCGCGGAGGACAAAAAGAUCCAGGAGUACUGGCAGUCGGUGCGCGAGCGCGAGCGUGAGGAGGCGGAGCGCAAGGCGAUGCGGAAGGAGAUAGCGGACCGCAUGUACGAGAAGGUCAAGCGGGAGAUGGAGGCGGAGAUGGCCAGGCGCGAGGAGGAGGAGGAGCUGAUCAACAUGCUGCGGCAGGAGGAGCUGGAGGCCAAGCGGCGGCAGGAGGACGAGGAUCGCAAGCGCAAGGCGGAAGAGUCCAAGGAGGAGAUGCGCCGCGCCAACGAGUACCAGAUGAAGCUCAAGGAGGAGCGCGAGGCCGCAUUCCGUGCCGAGGAGGAGGCAUUCCGGCAACGCAUGCUGGCCAAGUUCGCGGAGGACGAGAAGCUGGAGCAGAUGAACGCGCAGAAGCGGCGCAUGCGCAUGGCGGAGCACGCGCGCGAGGUGCAGCGGCUCAUUGACGAGAAGCGUCAGGCGUUCGAGGCGGCCAAGGCGCGGGAGGAGGCGGAGGACGCGGCAAAGCGCUCCGAGGACGACCGCGUGCGCGGGCUGGUGGAGGAGGAGCGCAAGAAGCUGCUGCGCGAGGCGGCGGAGCUCAAGGACUUCCUGCCGCGCGGCGUGCUGCGCGACCAGGCCGAUGUGGACUUCAUCUCGAACGUGCUGGAGGAGAUGGCGCUGAACCGCGCCAAGGCCACGCAAGGGCGAUGAGCACGUGUGGCACGUUGCGGAGCCUUAGGAGGGGAGUGCUGGGUGGUGGAUCGGGGCGGUGGAAUGCAUUGGAGCUGGUGUCGUGGCUUGACGCGUACGCGCAUGCUAUGCACAAGGCUCAGUGGGGAUGCGUGUAUGCCUUAUUCAAUAUGACGGUAUGAUGGCCAGGGCGCGCGCACAGACAUAGACAAGCAGGAGGGUGACAAUUGGCAGGCUGCCAUUACGACGGACUCGUGGGGUCAAGCUAGAGCAGGUAGACACGUAGUCGUGGUGUGAUGCGCUGGCGUGAUUGUGUGGGCUAAGUAGCACUGAUCCUCACCUGUUAGGUGUAGUCAUACGCGUGUGGCUGUAACUAUUAGGACUG